CCUGAUUUCAGGAGUUUUGAUGGAGCCUUUGUAUACACCACCUGAGAUCGGAAAUUCUUUCAGCUAUUCAAAUCUUUUUUCAAAUUUAUUCUAGCUAUUAUGAUCAUGCAAUAAUUGCAACUAGACGCAUUUAUGUGUCGCCGGGAGCCAAAGGGUUAAACGAAUUCUAGGUAAAAAAAUACUUUUAAACGUCUGAUUUUUCCUUUCCUUUCAAACGACACUUAUGCACAGAGAAUAAUGCCUUUUUGACACAAUCAUCUGUCAAAAAUCGAUUACACAAUCAUGUCCUUAUUAUCUAUUACUCAGUUUCCGUUCAAAACUUAAAAAGCAUGAAUGCUAGGAGUUACUGAUUUUAUGUAUAUUCAGUUUUGUAAAUCGCUCGCUGAAAACAUUUCUGGCCUGUCUGUCGACGUUCGUAAUAAACUAAGUGCUUGAUUGAUCUUACACUAACGAUGACUUAAUUUAGAAAGACGAUAAUCCAUCUUUGACGUAUUUGGAUAUCGAUUUUCGAAUUGGCGAUAAUAAGCGUAUUGUUGCAUUACGUUCCCUUGUUCAUGUUUAUAUAAAUUUCAUGACAUAA